CUGCUCUUAAACUGGUCGAAACCUUGCUCGUCGCAACAUCCAAGCAUCACCACAACUCUCACUACCUCAACACCUCGAUCUUUAGUGAUCGUGCGACGGUUCAUACCGACAACUCUCACUUCCCGCAACUUCUCUCUCGCAAACCAAUCGACACAAUGGGCGGUGGCGGCGGCGGUCCCGGAAAAGUUCCCGGCGUUUACAUCGGAUGGUGGGGUAAUUUCGGCUCCCUUCCUCAGAAGGGUGUGACGACAUAUGUGCUCUCUGGCAACCGUCAGAAGCCCCUCGCCGGCGCUAUGCACAACGCCGUCUUCAACUCGUUCAGACGCUUCAAGGGUGCCGUCCUCUACGUUGUGCCGCCGUUCGUGGCCUACUACUACCUGAUGGACUGGGCCGAGAAGAGGAACCACUUCCUGAACAGCAAGGAGGGCCGUGCUCUCUACGCCGACGCGGAGAGCGACGAUUAGACUGUUGCUGCUGCUGUCUUGAUCUUGAAAGCUUUCGUUUAGAACCGGUUAUGCGGGUGCUGCCAUUGUUUUUUCGGGCGGGGAAUGGAAUGAUUGCUGGUGCCAUUGUACAAUACCACAUUCAUUACAUGGGAUGCGAAUACAUAGUAUCAAGUCUGCAUUUUGUGGCCAUCGUGAAUGGGUAGAUGCCGGUGAGGAUCGGGUUUGAGAUAUGAAGUGGUUCGAGUAGAG